AUGGAGUUCUGGGCACGAAUCUUGGGCGGUGCUCAGCCUGCAAAGAGACCAUCCACGGAGCGGUCCAUCUCGGCCAGCGAUCCACAAACGCGGUUGGUCCGGUACAAGCGAUGCUUUCGCGCCAUUCACGAUCUUUGCAACAACACCUCGCGGGAUCCUGCCAAUGAUGGACCUCUCUUUCAUCAGCUCACUCAGGCGCUCGACAGACUUGUGGCGCUGACAAGAGAAGAAUCGAAAGCUCCGGUAGCAAACCAUCUGUGCCUGCAGUAUGCGGCAAACGCGCAGAUAUACACCGUCAUUGGCCGUGCCGCCAUUGUCUCCCAGGACGAGCACAUAGUACGAUCAGCUGUCAGUUUCUUUGCCGCCCUAGUCGACAGCGAAGAGGAUGAUUUCCUCCUCAAUCGGCAAUUUGCUAAGUCGUUGAUACGUUUGGCGACGAAAGUCCUCGAAGGCGGCGAAAUCGUCGUUGUUCGUGAGACGGAAAUAGCUAUUCUCGAAGUCCUCUUCUCCAUCUCCGCAAAGAUUCGCUUGCAGCCAGAGUCUCUACUACCGGUGUGGUUUCAGUCCACCGUGAAGCCUGGGCUUGAAGACAUUUUCGUGAGAGAGAAGAGAAGCUUCGUUGGCAUCACGCAAAAGGCCGACUUUCCGCUUUGCUAUCUUUUCAUUGAUCGCGUGCAUCAUGAGGGCAGAGUCGGCGACUUUGCCAGAACGGGCUUGCUUCACAUCUUCGAAGCCACCGGGCGCUCGACAGCACUCGAAGAGUGGAUCGUGUCCAGUGAUCUACCGACUCUCUUGGCUUCUUCCCUCGGCGCUCUCUACAGUCAGCUUAGCCGCGAGCUUUCAAUUGUGCAUCCAGAUACUCAAAUACCUGCCGUGCUUGCAUUGAGUGAUUACACCACAAGCCAUGCGCGAGCGACGGCGGAGUCAGCGUUCUCUGAGGAGCAUCAGGCGCACAUGAAAACCUUCCUUUCCUAUCUCAUGUUCUGGCAAGAUGUGGUGGACUAUUGUAAGAGUGCUGAUGUCAAGCAGACCCUGCUUGAUCACUUUCAGAUACUCUUUCUUCAGCAACUACUCUACCCUUCAAUCCUCCAGUCUAGCGACAAGGAUGCCGGUAGUUCAGUAGCCGUGCUCACCUAUAUGACAACACUGUUGGAUGUUCUUGAUCAGCCAGAUCUUGUGCACAUGAUCCUAACAUAUCUGCUGCCGUCAAAGCAGCACGCUGAGGAGCAGUCCCCAUCUCCAGCAAUCAGGAAACGGCCAUCCAUGCCACCGAGGUCACCUACUGCGCUCAAGCGAAGACAGAGUUUGAUGCUGAUCACAGCCCCACGCAAUCCGACGGACGCUGUAGAGCCCGCGCUGUUCGAUCUGGCGGACUUCAUCCUCAACAGCCUAAGAUCAAGCAGCAGUCAAACCGUCUUUGCAGCAUUAAAGUUGACCACCACACUUGUCGUUCGAGACGCCCAGUACGCUCUCGGCCCCUUGCUAAGAGUACAACGCAGAAGACAGUCGGGUGUCCGUCCUACUCUUGGUACAUUUGAAGUGGAGACCGAGCAAUAUCUAGAUGUUGUAAGCCGUCUUCAUGAUGGAAAUAUGCCGGAAGACGCUUAUGCGUCCCUUUGCGACGACCUACGGUACUCUAUGGAUGUUCAGCCAUCGCAAAAGGUUUCGGUCGGCGGACAGAUGGAUGAUACAGGACUUCAUUACCAAGUUCUGCGUGAAGAUGAUGCCGUCAUGCAUAACCUCACCACCUAUCUGCGAACUUUCUUUACAAACGAUGUAGAUGUCAAUCUGGCUCUGACCGCAGCAAUCGCAUCAGUCGCUACGUGCACCAAUCUGCGCCUCGCUGAUGGAUGGAUCGGGUACCAGCGCAUGCCCGUUCAGACCUCUCAGAGGGGUGAGAACGCACCUAGAGCGUGGCAGGCAUAUCUGGACGACGAGGAGAAGGAGGCAUGGUCUUGCUUGCGCAAAGCGUUAACGCACCCAACAUUGUCGCCUAACGACACGCCGAUCGUGCUUCGAAUUUUGCAGUCGCUUGUCGCGGAGUGGGACUACUUAGCCAACACCGUGCCCGACUUUGCGCAACUUCUGGCACAACGCCAGAGUAUGCUUCAA